AUGUCUGAUCACACUCUUCUGGAUCACAUAGUUUCACAGACAAGGCAGAAUGUCGAGUUGUUAAUGUCUCAUAACAGAAUAUCUCCAUCGGAUGGCCGCGAUAUCUUACUCAAGCUUCCUAGCACUGGAAUUGCAGGAUCGAUAGUAUCCAUCACACAGCAAACGAAGCGCCUUUCCAUAUCUCCGGCCCCCGUUCAGAGCGUGAUUAGCAACAAUGCUGGUUUUCAUUUGUCGCCCAAGUCAGAAGCUCGUGCAAUCUGGGAUUGGGCGAGCGAGGAUCCUAAUGAUCUAUCAUUCAACACCGGAGAAAUAAUAGAGAUCGUGAAAGAGACAAAUGAGGAUUGGUGGACAGGCAGAAACAAGGCGGGGAAGCAGGGCUUAUUUCCUGCAACAUAUGUUGAGAAACUGGCUCCACGAUCUGCCUCUCCACCACCAAUGUCUUUCCCUGAAUUCCCAAAGACAAGGACAUCGCUGGAUUCAAAGUAUGGUUUGACUUCGGAGCCCAAGUACACGUCUUCAGGUCCUCCGGGCCCUCCACAGUAUUCUGCGCCACAGCCUAUGCAGCAGCAGUAUCCGCCGCCACCUGGUCCACCUGCCGGUGGUUACCAGCCUCCUGGUCCUCCAGUUGGUGGUUAUCCUCCUUACAAUUCUUAUUCGGCAAUUCCUCCAGUGGCUCAGCCAGUUCCUCAGCAGCCCCCAAAGAAGGGUCGUUUUGGCAAUCUUGGCUCUACGAUGGCAACGUCAGCUGCUGGUGGUCUUGGUUUCGGUGCAGGCGCCGCUAUCGGUGGUGAUAUCGUGAACUCAAUCUUCUAG